GCGUCGGGACCGGAGCUCGCGCAUGCGCACCACUAGCGCCGGCGACAGCAGCUGUUCAGACGACCGGGGCCGGGACUGAGCCAGCUCGAUACCGCGAGCGCCGUCGAUGGGGGCCCCACGCGCGUGAACCAGUGCGAGGACGACCUCCGCCGCGUUUCGUUACGUACCGGUGCGCGCGUCGUAGUGUGCGUGCACGCCGCGCGAGAAACGCUGCGAACCGUUUGUUCUACGGGCAGUUAAAACAUUUUCGGCGAUUGAUUGGCGUCACCGACGGGGGUGUGAAGCGCGGCGAACGGCGAUGGACGCGAAGAAACGAUACAUUUGGUCGGACCGGGAGACCGAACACUUCAUCAGGCUCAUCAUCGACAUGGGCAUGACGAACAUGUUGGACAGCAAGAGGAAAAGGAAUUCUGAUCUUUAUUCCAGUUUAGUUGAACCAAUGGCAGCUGCAGGUUUUAAUAGAGAUGCAACUCAACUAAGGACUAAAUGGAAACACCUGAAACAAGAUUACAAAGUAGAGUUGGUGAGAAUCGAAAAAAAUGGCGCUGCUAGUUCAAGAAUGUCAUACUUUCAUUUACUUCACGAAGUGUUGAGCUGCAAACCAAGCGAUGCUAUGACGUACCUUUGUGAAGUUGUUUCCAACUCUCCUCCUCGACUGGACGCCGUAGACAUAAUUAAGACUGAAUAUACCGAAGAUAUGAGAAUGGAAACCGACUUCUACAGAGUGAACGAACCACAAGUGGACAUCAUCCAAACGUGUGACGUUCAAACGCAGACCGAUACCACUCCGGAGCGACAAGUGUUACAAAAGUUACACUCGUUGGAAAACAGUAUGCGAUCGCUGAGAGAAGAAUGCAAGAGAGAUCGCGAGAAGCAAAACGUGUUGAUGGAGAAGAACAUAAGACGGAUGUUCGAAAACCAAAAGUUAUUGAUGGACGAGUUCUUCGCGAAAACUAAAUGCCUGUUGGAGGCCGAAAUCAAAGACUGAAGUCCGUAUAUGCGUUUCGACGUUGCAGCCGUUUCCGAUAUUACUGUCGCGAAACUGUAUCUCGCGCAACAAAUUUUAUCGAUGUGUGAUAUGUUUUCAUAGACCCGUAAUUCCACGUAAAUGUUUAGAACUGUAAAUAUGCGUUAUUCUACCAAAUACUAUUAUGUAAUCCUUGUACUGUACACACAUUGACGACGAAUACAAAAUAAAAAAAAAAAAAACAUUAUGAUUUUGUACCAAAU